UUUAUUUAUUUUUUUCCUCCCUGUGCAAAAAGGAAGCGAUGAAAUUUCCAAUCGAGACUCCAAGAAAACAGGUGAACUGGGAUCCUCAAGUUGCUGUUCCCUCACCAGUGUCAGCUUGUGAACCUGAGCCCAAAACCAACGGGCAUUUCCCAACUCCACGACUCUCUGUUUCCUCCCGAGCAACCAUUGUCGCCAGCAUGGAAGCCCCUUCUCAGGGCCUGCAGACAGUCAUGAAAUGGAAAACAGUAGUGGCCAUUUUCGUUGUGGUUGUGGUUUACCUGGUGACUGGAGGACUUGUCUUCCGUGCCCUGGAACAGCCUUUUGAAAGCAGGCAGAAGAACACAAUAGCAUUAGAGAAGGCUGACUUCCUUCGGGAACACGUUUGUGUAACCCAGCUAGAACUGGAGACACUGAUUCAGCAUGCUAUUGAUGCUGAUAAUGCUGGAGUCAGUCCCAUAGGAAAUUCCUCUAACAACAGCAGUCACUGGGACCUUGGAAGUGCCUUUUUCUUUGCUGGAACUGUCAUCACAACAAUAGGAUAUGGGAACAUUGCCCCAAGCACUGUCGGAGGCAAAGUGUUCUGCAUCUUGUAUGCCAUCUUUGGCAUUCCACUGUUUGGCUUCUUGCUGGCUGGGAUUGGAGACCAACUUGGAACCAUCUUUGGGAAGGGUAUUGCAAGGGUGGAGAAAGUUUUCAGAAAAAAACAAGUGAGUCAAACAAAGAUCCGGGUGAUCUCUACCAUCCUCUUCAUCCUGGCAGGCUGCAUCGUCUUCGUGACCAUUCCUGCGGUUAUCUUCAAACACAUCGAGGGAUGGACAGCCUUGGAGUCUAUCUACUUUGUGGUUGUCACUCUGACUACUGUUGGCUUUGGUGAUUUUGUAGCAGGAGGAAAUGCUGACAUCCACUAUCGGGAAUGGUAUAAACCCUUAGUGUGGUUCUGGAUCCUUGUUGGCCUUGCCUAUUUUGCUGCUGUCCUGAGUAUGAUCGGAGAUUGGUUAAGAGUCCUGUCCAAGAAGACAAAAGAAGAGGUAUGA